GUUUGUAGGUUUCAGACUUCCAGUUUUCCAAUCGAAUUCCUCUUUGCUUGUUUACCAUGGCAACCAUGAAACUGAGAAUAAGAUCCCUCGAAUCCAAACAGACCCUGAAAAUCGAAAUCCCCACUCCCUCUACUCUCCAACAACUCAAGCAAACCCUAUCUCAAUCACUCUCGUCUUCCGCUUCUUCUUCCUCUCCUUCUAUCCAUCUCUCCCUCAAUCGCAAGGACGAGCUCCACGCGUCCUCACCCGAAGCGUCCCUCCAGUCCCUCGGUAUCACCUCCGGUGACCUUAUCUUCUUCACCCUCAACCCCACUGGCUUUUCCUCCUCUUCUCAAAUCCUAGCGCUCAAUUCCGAUUCCAGUUCCAAUUCCGUACAACGACCACAUCAAACCUUGGCUCCAAAUUUCCCAAAUCUAGAAAACCCAUCUGAAAUUCCUACAGAAUUUCAAACCAUAGAACAAAUUCCAUCAAAUCAAGACACCCCAGUUCGAGAUUUGUCCGUACAAGGGCCUGAGAUUGCAGACUCCGAUAUGAGCGAUUCGAAGAGUUUUCAGGAACACGAUGGGUCUGUGGUUUUGAAUUCGGAGAACGAAGGAACCCUGGAAUUUUCCUGUGCUGAAACGAUGGGGGUGGAUGAUGUGUCGGUUUCAACGGGGAAGAAGUUUUCUGAGCGUUGUUUUCUGAGGAGGGUGCUGAGCAAGGAGCUGGGCGACUAUGGUGGUGACCACGCGCUGUUUGUGAUCGCCGUUCAUGCGGUUUUUAUGGAGUCCGGUUUCGUUGGAUUCGAUUCCGUCUCGGGCAUGCGGGUCGACCGGUUUCACCUUGCGGACGAGUGGCCUUCGAACGUGUUAUCGGUGUCGCUCUGGUAUACUCUGCCUGAGCUUCUAGGACAUGGCUAUUGUAAUUUUGGUAAUGUGGUUGAAAGUGUUUGUUUGAAGUUUCAGAGUUUAGGGCACUUGGUCACUAUCUAUGGGUCUUUGGCUAAGGGCGGGUCGGGGUUGCAUCGGGUGUGUUUGAAUGAGAAUAGGUUUGUGCCGGCGAUCAGUUUAGCUAAUAGUGACUCGGUUGAUAGCAUUAACGAAGAAAAUGGGUACCCAGAAAGUGAGAUUUUUGAGUUUUGGAAGAUGGUGAAGGAUGGGCUCGUAUUGCCACUUUUGAUUGAUCUUUGUGAAAAGACUGGUCUCGGCCUUCCACCGUGCUUUAUGCGCCUCCCCGCGGAGCUUAAACUUAAGAUUUUGGAAUCUCUUCACGGUGUCGAUCUCGCAAAGGUGGGAUGCGUGUGUUCCGAAUUGAGGUAUUUGUCUUCACGUGAUGAGUUGUGGAAACAGAAAUUUGAUGAGGAGUUUGGACGAGCGGCGGGAGCGCAGGGAAUUGGUCAAUGGAAAGCUAGGUUUGCUUCGUUUUGGGAGAGCAGCAAGAAGAGGAAGACGGAAGCUGGCCGGUAUAGAGGCUUUCUUCAGAGGCAUUUUCUCAUCCAGGAGAAUCCAUUUGGCGCUCCUAUGGUGGGCGGAGAUCAUGACCAAAUGCCGGGUCUUGCCGUAGCUUCUCCUUUCGGAAGAUCCAGAGGGAUUCAGUGGCUUCGACUAGGAGGAUCCAAUGUCUAGUGGUCCGGUGCUACAACUGAAUCCUGGGAUUUAACCAGAAGUCUUUUUUAUGUAUAUAAAUAAGUCUCACGUUCGACAUACCAAUAGAAUGAGGGGUCACAGGAGGACAGUUGAAUGCUUUGAAAGUUGCUGCUGGUUUUGACGUUUACAGGGAGGAGCUCAGGUUUCGUUAUUGUGGGUAGUGUUUAUGACUUUACUUUUGGAAGAAUUGAAAGUUUUGUUUCUUAGUA